UUUACUAAUUCCGCCAAAUUUCGUUAAUCGUCGCAGCAUGUCAUCUUGCAGUUCGUCUGAAAUUGCGGAGAAGAAGCGCAUUGCGCUGGCCAAGCUGCAGGCCAAGAAGUCCCAGUUGCUAGCCAGCUCAACCAGCGGAAAGCUAACCACGAAUCCAACAAAUGCGCAGCAACAAGUUGGGAAUAGAAACGGAAAUCCGAAUCAACCACAAGCCAAAUCUCCAUUAAACUUCUACAAAUCGCCGCCGGCAGCGCAGGAGAAGAUCAGCAAGGUUUUCGCCUCCACAUCCAAUGACAACAAGAGUUCGUCCUUUCUGAAUGCUCUGAAGGCCAUUAAGCAGACCUCCACCCGAGAACUAUCUAGAGGAGGUGCUCAUCCUUACCAACGACCAAAUGGAGGGAGUCCUAGAAAUAAGCCUACUCUGUCACUUGCUCCGGAAAAGGAGAAGCCAGCGACUGUAAUGCUCGGUAACUCAAUCACCUGCAACCUGUUUAUGACCAGUACGCAGCGGUUUGCUGCCCAGACUUCAGGAUAUCACGAAAAACUCAUAGCCGUGUUCAAAAACAUGCCCACUAAAACCUACGAUGGUCAAACCCGUAUCUGGAGUUUCGACCUCUCGGACUACCAAUCUCUGCAGACUCAUGCCGCGGAUCUCAAGCCAUAUGUACACAUGGUCGGCAUUCCAAAGAAGGUGAUAAGUCUCUGCCAGCAACCACCAGUUGUUUUGGAAAGAAGUGUGUUAGCUUCUAUAGAACCAAAACUGGCGGACCAACUUAUGCCCUUUCAGCAGGAUGGAGUAUGCUUUUCCAUUGCCCAAAAGGGCCGUAUUAUGAUCUGUGAUGAAAUGGGCCUGGGAAAAACCUAUCAGUCCUUGGCUGUGGCCGACUAUUUUAAGGAUGAUUGGCCCCUUCUUAUCUGCACCACCGCCUCUACAAGAGAUACCUGGGCAAAACACAUCGUGGAACUGCUGCCCAAGGUGCCCGUUCACUAUGUUCAAGUGCUGAACAACAAUCAACAAUAUGUGGGUGAGGCGCAGGUGCUUAUUACCAGCUACAACAUGAUGGAACGGCACAUGGAAAAGCUGCUGCAGCGCAAGUACGGCUUUAUCAUUUUCGACGAGUCGCAUACGCUGAAGAACAGCAAAGCCAAGUGCACGUCCGUGGCCAAAAGGCUAACAGAUCAAGCCAAGCGGGUUGUUUUGCUAUCCGGAACUCCAGCUCUCUCGCGACCUUUGGAGCUCUUUACUCAACUCCAGAUGGUGGAUACCAAAUUCAUGAAUUUCAUGGAGUUUACCACUCGUUAUUGUGACGGCAAACAGUCCACAUUUGGCUGGGAUGCCACGGGACAGUCAAACCUGGAGGAACUAAAGGUUAUACUCACCCUAAAAUAUAUGCUGAGGCGAACAAAAACGGAGGUGCUACCUCAGCUUGCAGAAAAAAAUCGUGAAACAGUAGUCUUAGAUCCCGCUUUAGUUUGGACCAACGACGAGACUAAGGAAACCUUGGAAACCUUCAACAAAGAGCUAAAAACAUGUAAAGGCAAGGCCAUGGAGGAGAUUUUGAUUCGUUUUUAUGCACGCACCGCAGAAGUCAAAGCCAAAGCCGUGUGUGCCUACCUGAAAACUCUUGUAAAGGAGCAAAAGAAGUUUAUUAUUUUUGCCCAUCACCGGGUCAUGAUGGACGCCAUAAGUGACUGUCUCAGUGAACUGAAAGUACACUAUAUUCGAAUCGAUGGACAGACGCGAAGCGAUCUCAGGUCGGAUUUUGUCGACACAUUCCAAAAGAAAAGCAGCUGUAAGGUGGCGGUGCUGUCCCUAAAAGCCUGCAACGCAGGAAUCACAUUAACUGCAGCUGAGAUUAUAGUAUUCGCUGAGCUGGACUGGAAUCCUAGUACUCUGGCGCAGGCCGAGAGUCGUGCCCAUCGCAUUGGCCAGACAAAACCGGUGAUCUGUCGCUAUUUAAUGGCACACAAAACAGCAGACGAUACGAUCUGGAACAUGCUGAAAAACAAGCAGGAGGUGCUCAGUAAAGUGGGAAUCUUUGCGGAGAAUCUUCAGAAGGCCACCCACACAACAGCACCAACAUCGUCGCACAAAAUCGAGGAAUUCUUCUCGCCAGCAAAACCCGCAUCCUCUAAUCCGCAAAGGGGAAGCAUAAUACAAUAUCUUUCGCCUGCUCCUCAAAAAACAUCCAGGGAACAAAAUAAUAAUAAUACGAAGAAUGCGAAUGAAAACAAAGUUGAGUCGGAUAUCGCAGCCUUUUUUAAUGAUGAAGAUGAUGAAGCUUUGCUGGAUUUAGAUAUUUAACUAUUUAUAACUUACUCUGUUAAAUCAAUUAUUUUAAAUAAAUUUAAGUUGAGAAUG